GCGCGAGUGCAAGCGCGCACACACAGAGAGACAGAACUGACGGAGAGGGAGCGAGAGAAAGAGAGAGAGAGCGAGACAGAGCGAAAUCGAGCCCGGAAUAGACAUUUUCUUAAAAAUGUACAGAGCUACCAGAGAAGAAGAAUAAGAGUAGGUAGGAGUAGGAGGAGGUUAUCCCAGGAGACUCGAACUAAGGAUGACAGCUCACAAACAAGCGGCGAAACAGGCACGAAGCAGCCGGGACUGCGCUAGCGGGCAGCGAAUAUGACGAAGUAGUUUUGGGUGUUAACGGCAGCGGUCGGAACGCGCAGAGUCUCCGAUCAAGCAAGCAAAAAAGGGGGGCUUGGGUUAAGCCUCUGAUCGCCAAGCGGAUCACACAACAGCAGUGGUUGGUGGUGGUGGUGGUACUGACCCGUGAACGGCGGUGCUCUGUUUGCUAUUGCGGCUGAUGCUUUUUGCCCGCGGCUGAUUUGAUUCGGUCUCACUUAGAGGUGAAGGAGCAGAGUCAAAAGUGUUCGACAAACCAAUGGACUGAACGAACGGUGCCAGAGUACUUGGAAGAAAAUUUGCCUGCGGUAUUCCCACCUCCACCCCCCACCCCCCGACGAAAACCAGUCCAGCAGACACCGGCAGUAACAAAACACAGGAGGAGAGGGGAAUAAACCCUCCUACCCCCCUGGCACUCCAGUGACAACCGCUGUGGCUGGGACCCAACGAAAAUAAAACGCCGCAUCAAGUGGCCGAGGAGGCGGACAGAGGAGGGAGGCGGGGAGGAAGACGACCACCGCCGGGGAGAGAGAACGGCGGCUUGCGAAGGCGGAGGGGGAGGCAGCACCAUGUUCGACCGCCUGUGCCCCGUGACGCGAAGCAUUCGGCAGAGCCUGGCCAUGGAGCUGAACGUGGAGGGAGACAGCUGCGUGGCGCUGCAGCGCUACCAGCCCCGGAGGACCGACGAGGAGAAGUCCGUGAGCUCCGUGCAGGACUGGGGUCACGAGGUCGAGGAGGGCGCCGUCUACAGCGUGGCCAUGAAGAAGAUCCAGAUCAAGGAGGCCUCGCACAAGGGACACAGGUGGCUCGGGGUGGAGAGCGACCCGCGGGCACCGGGCCACGGCGGGGUCGACCGCUACGAGACGUGCCGCGUGCGGAGCAUCCGCGCCGGGACGCUCGCCAAGCUGGUGGAGAACCUCCUGCUGUCGUUCGGGGACGACGAUUCCAUCUACAUCAGCGUCUUCCUGGCCACCUUCCGGGCAUUCACCACCACCGGCGACGUCCUGCGCCUCCUCAUCGACGAGCACGGCGAAAGGAAGAAUGGAGAUUGCGAUGAUGGCCGCGACCCAGUAAAGUCUGCGGACCAGACGUUCGUCAGGAAAGCCGUCGCCUUCAUCCUCCGAGUGUGGAUGGACCAGUACCCCGAGGACUUCCACGCCGACGCCGAGUCGCUGGCGCUCGUGCUGGCCUACGUGUCGCGCGUGCUGCCCCACUCCGAGCUGCAGCGGCGAGCCCUGAGCCUGCGGUCGCCGCGUCCCGAGACCCCCCCCGGCUCGCCCGUGUCCUCGCCUGCGCCAGGCCCAGCGGCGGCGAGGCAGAAGCAAUCGGGGCACGCUCCCUUCAGCCUCGGGGAGGACGAGGCGGACCCGCCGACUGACGCGCAGGUGGACGCGGCGGAGGAGAGGCCUUACCUGCUCUCGUUCCCGGCUCAAACCGUGGCCCGGCAGCUCACCUUGCGUGACGCCGAGCUCUUCAAGAAGGUGGCGCCGCACCACUGCCUGGGCUGCGUGUGGUCACGCCGCGACCGCAAGGGCAACCGCCACCUGGCGCCCUCGGUGCGCGCCACCAUCGCGCAGUUUAACGCCGUGGCGGCGUGCGUCGCGUGCACCGUGCUCCGCUGCUUGAGCGACCAGGCGGCUGCGGGGCACGGCGCUCCGGGUACCGGCGCACGGCACGCAGCGGCGCAGCGAGCCCGCGUCGUCGAGCACUGGAUCGCCGUCGCUCAGGAGUGCCGGAUGCUGAAAAAUUUCUCUUCCCUCCGAGCCAUUCUCUCUGCACUUCAGACGAACCCAAUUCACCGGCUAAAGAAGACUUGGUGCUGCGUGUCAAGAGAGAAGAUCGUGGCAUUCGCGGAGCUGUCAGAGAUAUUCUCUGAUGAGAACAACCACUUCACGAGCCGAGAGCUGCUAAUGAAGGAGGGUACGUCCAAGUUCGCGAGCCUGGAUUCCAACGGCAAAGAAAGCCAGAAGCGGACGUUCAAGCGAUUUCAGACGGCGAAGGAGCCGGGCCUCAUGCAGGGAACCAUUCCAUACUUGGGAACGUUUCUGACGGACCUCACCAUGUUGGACACUGCCUUGCCAGACUACGUGGAGGGUGGCCUGAUUAACUUUGAGAAGAGGAGAAAGGAGUUUGAAGUCAUUGCACAGAUCCGGUUGCUGCAGCUGGCUUGUAACAACUACUCUUUGAGCCCCGAAGGGAAAUUUUUGGACUGGUUUAACCGGCAAGAAAAGCUGAGCGAGGAAGAAAGCUAUGCACUCUCGUGCGAAAUUGAACCCCCCACGGAAGUCAGCCCCACGUCGCCCAGGCAAAGAAAGAGCGUCGUCAAGCGGCUCAGCCUCCUCUUCAUCGGGGUUGACGUGGCGCCAGGCAGCCCCCAAGCCCGGACGCCCAACGGCGAAGUGGCCGCACUGGAAGAAUCUCCCGAGGGUGGCGCUGCGGGCGCCACGGGCGGCGAGGGCUGCGGCCUAGGCGCUCGCGCGGGAGAUGGAGCACCGGGCUCCGGUGGCGGCGGUGCUGGCGUUGUUGGCGGCGAGCGUGCCGACUGCCUGAGCGUGGCGUCGAGUGCCUCGGAGCACGACGACGUGGGCACGCCCGCUGAUGCACCCGACGGCUGCCCCAAAGAGCUGUCGACGAGCUCCUCGCUCGCCUCGCUCCACUCGGCCGACGUCUCCUCGGGCGUCUUCGCUGGGUCGGGCGUCUCCUGCUCGUCCUCGUCCUCCUCGUCCUCGUCAUCGGCGUCCUCUCCCAGGUCCUCGUUCAGGCUGCACGGUCAACGGAGCGUGUUCAACAAGACGCACCAGCGCUCAGUCUCCUGCUGCUCAGCGGUCACCCGCCCCGUCUACAACCGCCAGUCGGACGACUCGUGCAUCAUCCGCGUCGUGCUGCAGUCGCCCAGCGACGGGAACCUCUACAAGAGCGUGCUGCUCACCAGCCAAGACAAGACGUCCAGCGUGAUAGGGAAGGCGAUGGUCAAGUACAAUCUGGAGAUGGAACGAGCCGAAGAUUACCAGCUUGUGCAAGUCAUCUCGAACGAGAGAGAGCUCGUGAUGCCUGACCGUGCCAACGUCUUCUACGCCAUGAGCACCUCCGCCAACUUUGACUUUGUCCUGCGCAAGAAGGGCUCUCCGCGGCCAGCCGGUCCGGCGGCGCCACCGCCGCCACCGCCAUCUCGCAGCCAGUCCAGCUCGUCGCUGCCCAACCUCAAAUCCAAGGGGGGCUCCCUCACCCAGCGGCUCAACAGGGCCGCCCUGUAAGGCAGCAGCAAAAAUCAGGAGAUGCUCCAACACGCCUGGGCCGCCGUUGUCGCCGCUGUCGCCUCUGUUCCGUUGUGAGCGGAAUGUCACCGCGUGACAAUGCCCUCAGGCCCAGGAUGGAUGUUAGUUUUGUUUGGGGGGAGGGGGGGCGGACGUCGUGGAAUCCCGUCGUCAAGAAAACAACGCGAUGUCGCUUUGAGAACGGCGAUGCCGGCCAUGCCUUUGUUGGGAAUGAGUUCAUGAAAGCCGAUGCUGUACGUAAUGUGUAGAUGGAAGUGAGAGGAUGUGGACUUGCGUAAUGCCGUGGUGUUCUGUGGGGAAGAGAAAAAAACUGGAUGGGUGAAGUUGUUGAAAGUGCAGGUUUGCGUGUCGAGUGGAGACAUGGUGGUAUCUUGGUCUGAAUAUGACCCCUUUGCACUUGUUUUUUUUUCGAAUUGCGAAUAGGUUUGUUUCCACUAAAUGAAAGCAAACAUAAGAUAUUUUUUUGAAAAUCAUUGAGCUAUCAACUAACAUUUUUGACAGAAAUAAAAGAGUACAACUCAGCUGUGUUUUGAGAGGUUCCAAGACUUACAUUUGUCGUACGGGCUUAGUGGCUAAGUCUAUUUGAUUUCAACAUUAUCUUUAAAUUAUAUACAUUGAUAUGAAUUUUGCAUGUACUGUUGAAAAAUAUAAUUUCUGUACUGUAAUAGCUUUUCGUGUCACUGAAUAUUUCGCAGUGAUAAUACAAUUACAACACUGCCCUCUGGUGAAAUAUAGUGAGUAUAAAAAUGCAUUUGAAUUCAAUGGCUGUCAAAACUUCGUUACGUCGGCAAUUAUUGAUUUAGGUUUUUUGUUGUAACAGCGCCACAAUUGCUCGUGCUAAUUUAACAAUCGUGUGUUUUUAAAUUCUGCACGAGUUUGCAGAUGUCCCUCUCCCUCAGCUGCAGGCGUGGCUAUCGUGGAAUCUUUUAAAGAUCGGGGUUUCCACCUUGUGCACAGACCAAAUUUCGGACGCAUUUCUUAGUCGGCCUCAAGUCUAUCAAACCUGCUGCGAUAUACAGUGAUUAAGUUCAACACGACAACGCCAACGCCAUGUCCACUUAAUUUACAUUGUAACAAUUAUACAACAAAGUGUAGAAUUUUUUUUAUUAUUAUUAUCAGGUUUUGUAAAAUGUUACUAAUACCUGACUAAACAUGUGGAGCACACUUGGGGUUUAAGACUUCGCACUCUAAAGUAUAAUCAAGAGGAGAGCCAUUAACAGGCUUUAUUUUAAAUGGUUUAUCUCUGCCCGUUCGGAAAAUUUAACUUGUCGUUAAAAACCCAUUUUUGCUCAUUUGUAUCGUUGCUGGAAAGCAACAUCUUAAAGCCAACGUAACGUAUUGCAGUACUUAACAAAGUCCAACCAAAAUAUUACGCAGACAUUCACAUGCCUGCGAUUCCGGUGAUGGUUUUAUUUAAAUUAAACGUCUUUACCGUCAUCUCAAAUGUUUUACACUUUGAAGCUUGAUUUGCCAAAUUUAAUAGCUGUGUGCAGUAUUAUGUGUGUCAUUAUGUAAUGCACUCAAGAUUGUCUCUUGCCUGUUUCACUUUUUCAUUUAAGAUUACCGUGUCUUUUUGUUGUUGUCUUCAAGCUAUUACGAACAUACUGUAUUUGCUAGAUUUGUAUAAUUCAAAACUCUUAAUGUCGUUUACAAAAUCUGUGCAACAGAACCAUAUGUUGAAUCUCCUGCUUUUGGACAGGAAAUGAAUAAUGCCACACCAGCCAGUACUGUCUUGUGGCGCUUAACACUUUUGAUAAGCAUUCUAUUCCAAUAAUUGGAAAAUCUUUAGGAAUAAUCUUAAUUUUGUUGAAAUGGUGUCCUUAUCCAACAUGGAUGACUGCACAAAUCGGUUGGAUUAGGUGGUUAUGUGUGUGUAAAUUGUCACGAUGUCUAUAUCCCUAUAUACAUAUCUUUUAAAGUUAUAUUUGUUUUGUCUUUGUACAGAACUGCCAUUUUUUGAAUGCGGUCUGUAAUGCACUAAUGCAAAAUGUUUAAUUUCCCCUUAAAUAUAUUUCUUUCGUUCUUGCAAAUAUAGCCAACGAUGUAUUUGACGUGUUAAACUGUUUCAAACGAUACCAAAAAAUGGCUUCGCUGUGUGCUUGCUUUACGAAUUAUUACUCACUUCGAAAUGGCAAAUUUCAAUGCAGUCCUUUAUAGGUGACUUAAGCUUGACAAACUGCCUGAGUACAUGGUCAGGUUUUUGGGGUGUGUGUGUGUGUAUAAGCAUCACAAUGUUUACUCUUGUGUGUACCUGCUUGGCACAACUGGCCUGGCCCAUUUGGUUUUUGAAACACGGUCGGAUACAGAAUGAGAAGCCAGCCAGUCAGCCACUUUACCUUUGGUCGAGCGUCACCCCCCUGGUGACCAGGUGUGCCGCGGUAAUGGCGCACGUAAAUAAAGACGUGUAAAUGUGAUUACAUUUACACGGGGAGAGUUACUGUAAUCGAGGUUUUAUUGGGUUAGAUCGCAUAAAUGUAAAUGUGUCGUAAAUAUUAAAUUACCACAUUGGUUGCCGCCUGAUGAGGCUCGUUGCAAUUACCGGCAAAACUUCUUACUCGAAUUGUAAAUGUGUGCUGAACUAGUAACGAAUUGGCAUGUUUUGUUUACGUGACAAACCUUACUAAUUGGCUGUUUCGGGGUGGUGGUGGGUUGAACGACACAUUCAUAUUUACACGGUUGAACGCAACAACAAAAAAACACUGAGAGAUAUUGGUCACAGAAGCCUACGUGUUAAACUGAGAGCACUGUAGUUCAGAAUUGUCUAUUCAAUGCAGUGCUCACGCCAUUUACAAACGCUCAUGGAUUGGCCCAUAACACCUCGAUAUAUAUAGGAUCGCAGAGCUUGAGCAAUUAUUGAUUACCAGCUCAUUGGGUAGCUGCCUUCCAGCUGCACGUGGUUCCUCGCGUCUCACGUCGUUCUUUCUCAAUGAGAGUGAGUGAAUACUGGUGCGCGUUACGAGCUACAUACCCACACACAUAUUCACUGUACUUUCUCUACGGUUGAUUACGUGAGAACAGAGAAGCGAUCCGUUUAUAGAUGUCCCACUAAAAUAACAGGGAGAUGUUACGAGAGUAAACGAUAUUUUAUUUCAAAGCAUCAACGUCUCCCACCAAUCUGAAUACUCAUUAAAAUCACUUUAAACGUUAUUAAGCCGCCGUAUUAAACAAGAUUCAAUCACCUGUUCUGAAGAGGAUCAUUAUAAAUCAGUGGGGUAUCUAUAAGUGGACACAAUUUUUAAGAAAUCCCAAUGCCAUAAGAAUGGGCUACGUUUUUUGAUGGUAGCAAUAACUGUAAUACUCGUACACAAAUUCGUUGCGAUUUUUUUUGUAUGGAAAUCGAAUACCACGUGCUUUGUACCUAAAACAAAGGUUUACAAUCAUUGUCCGAGUAUCAUUGGUUUUCUAAUCAGUAAAGCUACAACUGCAAUCAUUUAAAACUGUAACGUGUGAGGAUGACUCACCCUGGCACUUUCUAUAAUUCAGUAUUACAAACCUUACUGCUGUUUUUUCCCUUCUAAUGCUUGGUAAUGUAUGCACCCCAAAUGUAAAUUGCUCACAAAUUCCACACUACUACUUUUUAAUGGGUGAUCAUUUUCGCUUUUGUCGAUGUGUACAUUUUCAGUAUAGCAUAUUUUUCAAGAAUUGCAAUUUAAAUUGUAUUGAAACUUGUUACGUGAUAUUUCCUGACAAUCCCUAUUUCAUUUUGUCGCUGCCGUUGCAUUUCAGUGGAAAUUUGGCAGGUGUUUCUUGAAAGAAUUCGUGUAAUAAAUCUGUACACCAUA